AACAUCGUGGGGCCAAGUAAAGCUGAGACCGCCCCUCCUGCCAACCCAGGGAUGUACCAACUGGACAUCACUCUAAAGAGGGGACACAACCUUGCCAUCAGGGACAGAGGAGGGACAAGUGAUCCGUAUGUGAAGUUUAAGAUUGCGGGGAAGGAGGUGUUCAGGAGCAAGACCAUCAAUAAGAACCUGAACCCGGUGUGGGACGAGAGGGUCAGCCUACUAGUGGACAGCCUCCGAGAACCUCUUUAUGUCAAGGUGUUUGACUAUGACUUCGGCCUUCAGGAUGACUUCAUGGGUUCUGCCUACCUCUACCUGGAGUCUCUGGAACACCAGAGGACCCUGGACGUGACCCUUGACCUCGAGGAUCCCCAGUACCCCGAACAUAACCUUGGAACUUUAGAGCUGGCAGUCACACUGUCGCCCAAAGAGGGAGACUUCAGGGAAGCCCAUUCGAGUAUGCGGUUGUCAGAUGUCCACAGGAAAGCUCAGCUGUGGAGAGGUAUAGUGAGCAUCAGUCUGAUCGAGGCUCAUGACCUCCAGCCUAUGGACGCCAACGGCUUCAGUGACCCCUACGUCAAGUUCAGACUGGGCCAUCAGAAAUACAAGAGCAAGACGAUACCCAAGACUCUGAACCCCCAGUGGAGAGAGCAGUUUGACUUCCAUCUUUAUGAGGAGCAGGGGGGCUUCAUCGACAUCACCGUCUGGGACAAAGACGCAGGCAAGAAGGACGACUUCAUGGGCAGGUGUUCGAUAGACCUGUCACCGCUUAGUAAAGAGCACACCCAUAAGUUGGACCUGCCGCUGGAGGAGGGCGAGGGCAUGCUGGUGCUGCUGGUCACACUCACAGGGGCAGCAGCAGUGUCCAUCUCGGACCUGUCGGUCAAUAUCCUGGACGACCCACACGAGAGACACCAGAUACUACAGAGAUAUAGUGUGCUGAGGUCGUUCCACAACCUGAAGGACGUGGGAGUGGUCCAGGUUAAGGUCAUCAGAUCAGAGGGGCUGAUGGCAGCAGACGUCACAGGGAAGAGUGACCCCUUCUGUGUGGUGGAACUGAGUAACGAUCGGCUACAGACACACACGGUCUACAAGAACCUCAACCCCGAGUGGAACAAGGUCUUCACCUUUAAUGUGAAGGACAUCCACUCGGUGUUGGAGGUGACAGUGUACGACGAGGACCGAGACAGAAGUGCAGACUUCCUGGGUAAAGUGGCCAUCCCAUUACUAAACAUUCAAAAUGGUGAACGGAAAGCCUACGCUUUGAAAAGCAAGGAGCUGACAGGGCCAACAAAAGGGGUCAUCUUUCUGGAAAUAGACGUGAUUUUUAACGCUGUAAAGGCAGGUCUCAUGACGUUGAUACCCAAAGAGCAGAAAUACAUAGAGGAUGAACCCAGAGUGUCCAAACAGUUGCUUCUGCAAAACUUCAACAGAGUGAGACGCUGCAUCCUGUUCCUCAUCAACGCUGGCUGCUACAUCAAUAGCUGCUUCGAAUGGGACUCAACUCAGAGGAGCAUCUUCUCCUUCCUGGUCUUUGUUCUGGUGGUGUGGAACUUUGAACUCUACAUGAUUCCUCUGGUUCUGUUGCUGCCGCUGGCCUGGAACUAUAUCCUCAUCUCUUCGGGGAAGGACACCAGGCAAGAUGUGCAAGCGAUGGAGGACUUGCUGGAGGAUGAGGAUGAGGACUAUGACAAAGAUGACAAGGACCCGGAGAGAAAGGGCUUCAUCAACAAGCUGUAUGCCAUCCAGGAUGUGUGCAUCAGUGUGCAAAAUGCCCUGGAUGAAGUGGCAUCCUAUGGCGAAAGGAUAAAGAACACCUUUAACUGGACAGUGCCUUUCCUAAGCUGGUUGGCCAUCGUGGCUCUAUGUGUGGCCACUGUUCUCAUCUACUAUAUCCCCCUACGCUACAUCGUCCUGGCCUGGGGGGUGAAUAAAUUCAGCAAGAAGCUCCGUGACCCGUAUACCAUUGACAACAACGAGCUCUUGGACUUCCUGUCCAGAGUCCCCUCAGAUGUUCAAGUGGUGCAGUACCGAGAGCUGAAAGUGGAUCCCAGUCAUAGUCCAAAUAAAAGAAAGAAAAACAACCCGGGAUAACUGGCUUUGCCCGCCCACGGAAUCUUCCCUCCCUCACCCGUCCAACGCCAAGAAGCAGAGAAACACUGGUUUGAACCAGCUGAAGUCUCUCCCUCUCUGUCUCUCUUUCUCUCUCUCUUUUUCUCUCUCUCUCUUCUACUGACUUAAAAAAUAUAUAUGUACUUGUACAGGCUCCCGAAGUGUAAUUAUUACAAAGAGAUGAGUUUGGAUGAAAUAGCAGACUAUUUCAGACCCAGGUGUUUACUGAACCAGUCUGACAGAUGUCCAUGUCAUGCCGUCCUCGUAAUGUUCAACUAUGAGUAUCACACUUAUGAGUUCAUUCAACUGAGGUUUCAGAGAUUUCUCCAUAAUAACCCCAUUAGGAACAUAUAAUUGAACCAUCCCAAAGCUACUUACUAGGGCUGGGAAUUGCCAGGGACCUCACAAUACGAUAUUAUCACAAUACUCAGUGCCUUCAGAAAGAAUUCACUCCCUUUAACU